GCGGUUUCGUUAGAUCCUUGUGCUCAGCCGAUGAUAGGUAAGGGCAAGCUGUAGUCGUGAGAAAUUACGAUAAGUCUUUGUAGCACGCGUCUAUAACAUCAUACUGGUCGCGACUGGCGGCGAGCUGGAACUCGAGGGCAGUGAAUGUUGCGGCUAUGGCGAGCCAGUAUUCAGAAAGCUGUGGAGGACUCACGGACACAGCGGAGGGUCCAAUUUCGGGAAACUAACUCCCUGCUGAUGCCAAUUGCAUCGGUUGUUCUACAUAGAAAUUCCCCCUGGAACUGCAGAUUACACCGCCUCAACAGGUCAUCCUCGCGGUUUCAUGCUACUGGGUAUGCCAGUCGUAAUCAUACAACUCUUUCCGCGAAGUCUGAGCCAACGCUCUCUGAUGCGCAGCGUAGAACUAUAUACGCGCUCUCCACUCCACCUGGGAAAGCAGGUAUUGCUGUCAUUCGGGUUUCUGGACCCGACACCCUUGAUGUCUGGCGACGAGUGACGCGCAAAACGAAAUCUGGAGACACACCGACACCAUGGAUGUUCCAGCGCAGGCACGUUGUCGACCCAGAGACCGAAGAGAAACUCGAUGACAGCUUGACCGUCUUCUUCAAGGGUCCAAAAUCGUUUACUACGGAAGAUACUCUCGAGCUUCACAUCCACUCUGGGCGCGCAGUGCUUUCUGCAGUGUUACGUGCACUUGGCAAACUACCAUAUUGUCGGCCUGCCGCCCCAGGCGAGUUUACGAGACGCGCCUUUGAGGGUGGCCGACUUGAUCUCACCCAAGUCGAGGGCCUGCGCGACCUGAUAGAUGCUGAAACAGAAGCACAACGAAGGGUUGCUGCCAGUGGAGCUGAGGGGACUGCGAGAGCGCGGUAUGCAGCACUAAGGUCACAGAUACUGGAAUGCCUUGUUUUCGUUGAAGGUUUCAUUGAUUUUGGCGAGGAUGUGGACGAACUCGGUCAGGAGGCGAUGAUUAGAGAAGCUCAUGUUCGUGCAUCGAAUAUCAUCAGCUGCAUUCGAUCCCACCUAGAUGACAAUCGGCGUGGGGAGAUUCUGCGUUCAGGAAUAAAACUUGCGAUAUUCGGACCCCCGAAUGCUGGCAAGAGUAGCUUAUUCAAUUUUCUUGCCCAGCGUGAUGCGGCUAUUACAUCACCCAUUGCAGGAACUACGCGAGACGUCCUCACGCUCACUUUGGAUAUUGGCGGUUUUCCAGUUGUUCUGAGCGACACUGCUGGCUUGCGAAAAACAUUGGACACUGUAGAGCAAGCAGGGGUGGGCCGUGCAGGCAACGCUGUCAAGGAGGCUGAUCUGUCUCUUUGUGUUCUAUCCCUCCCUGAUGUGUUGUCCUCUUUGGACAAUGCUCUGGUUCGAAUUCCGGAUGAGGUUAAGGGCUACCUGAAACCAGAUACCCUUUUCUUGUUGAACAAGUCUGACUCCAUCGCGAGCCUCCCUCCCAAGCAGUCCCUCACUUUUAUGGAAUAUGACGAUGGCUGUGAUAACGGUAAACGACCUCAGUUCUGGACGGUGAGCCUUCGCACAUCCGAGGGCACUCAAUCGUUCUUGAAUGGUCUCGCGGAGGUUUUACGAGCAAGAUACACAGAUGGUUUCGAUUACACAAGUCCUCUCAUCACGCAUGCUCGCCAUAGGGAUUUCCUUGAACAAGCCGUCAUACACUUGGAGGAGUUCAUUGCCUUCUCUCCUUCGCAAGUGGAUAUCGCCGCGGAGUCCCUACGUUAUGCAGCUCGUGCGAUUGGUUCUGUUUCUGGACUAGAUGUUGGCGUGGAGGAAGUUUUGGGCGGAAUAUUCAGCUCGUUUUGCGUUGGCAAAUGACUGUUAAUCCUAUGUGAUGCCACUGUCAAUGCAUGAUGUUCCCCGACUCGUAGAGAUCCGUCUUGACCAAUCCCAGCCAAGUGGUUACGAACAAUAUUCGUCUUGGAUGAUGUAGGUUUCCAACUUGCCGACAAUGUGCC